AUGGCCCCAGCGGAGGACUCUCCGACUUUCCAGAAACUCAGGCUCAACACCCGCCCCUCCCCGAAGCCUAUACCCUCCGCCUUCGCCUCGAUCAAGCGCAGCGAUGGCGAGCACCCAGGCAGCCCGUUCCCCGAGCUGGACGAGCGCUUCUGGCCUCACGAAGACUCCGCUGUCGCCCUGACCAACUCAGAGCUCACCGACAAUGCCUUCCCGAGCGAACAUGAGGGCAUGUACGCCCCAGACAAGCGGUCGUGGCUGGGGCGCAAGGCAAACGACGAGUACAUGCUCUCUGGCAGUUCGCGGCACUCGCCGUCGCUGGAACAGGCGUUCAGCCAGCGCCAUCGCGCCAUCUCCUUUGCGCCGAAAGUGACCCUUGAUGGUGGCGACCGUUUUCCCAUGGACGCGCCCCUCCCCAGGCCUGAUUCCUACGCCAGCCUGAAAGAUGCGAGGCUGGGUGUGGAAAGAGGCGCUGCGAUUGAAGAAGGCCACGAUAGCCACGGGGCAGUCCACAUCCGGAACAACAGCGAAACGGACAAGGCACGCUACGAUGCGUGCACUGGAGAGCCCAUGGAAAUCCGCCAACGUCGUCCGGGGUUGCCGUAUCGCACAGGUCAGUCUCGCCAUCCUUUGCUACAGGAGACGGUGGACGAUCUGGCCAAGGACGCCGAGAUAGAGGAAAAUGACCGAGUGGCUUCCCUUACUUCUGGCACUACCGUAUCCACAAACGACGGAUCGCUUACCCCGCUCGAAGCCCCAGCCGACUAUCUCCAGUCUCCUCUCGCUGCUUCGUCGCCAAUCGACUUCGCUUCUGCGCACAGCUCCUACUUCCCUUCGUCGCGGCGGACGAGCAGUGCGCGAUCCAGGAGUUUUUACUCCGACAAAGGAAGCCUGCGGCGCAGCAGUCGACGAACCUCGACACGAUCCGGUAAUUCUUCCAUGUCCCCUGCUAGUGCGUUCUUGUCACAGUGGGGCAGGGAAGAAGCCUCGUCAGUCAUUGAGCCGGAUGACGAGGGCCAAGAAAUUCCUGACCAGAGCGGAUACUUUAUCGGCAAGCAGAUUGGUUUCGGGGGCUUCAGUGUGGUGAAAGAGGUGUCGACGAUCCAGGAUGGAGUGAAGAUCAUUCGGGCCGUGAAAAUUGUACGGAAGCAGGUCACGGGAAAGGAUGAAGCGGAAAACGAAAAGCUGCAGACGGAGUUCGAGCAUGAGGUCGAGAUCUGGAGAUACUUGAAACAUCCCUACAUUCUACCUCUGCUAACGGUUUACGAUUCCCCAUUUGCUACUUUCUGUAUCACCAAAUUGAACACCGGCGGCACGCUUUUCGAUCUCAUCCGCGCGAAUCGCAAGGCAGGCAAGCCUGCUUUGCCCUCCAAGUUGGCUAAACGCUAUUUAUAUCAGCUCGCCUCGGCUCUCCGUUACUUGCACGAAGACGUCCAUGUCGUGCAUCGCGAUGUCAAGCUUGAGAAUUGCCUGCUCGACAUGUCUGAACCCGAGGCGAAGACUGAGGGAGGCAAUGUUCUUCUCUGCGACUUCGGCAUGGCCGACUUCAUCACCAACGAAAACCGAAACCUACCGUCUCCCUUGGAAGAAUCAGCUUACAGCCACGUCGGCCCAUCGGACACCAGCACUUGCAUCAACGGCAGCUUGGAUUACGCCUCGCCGGAAUUAUUGCACGCGCGUACGCCGCUGUACUCGCCUGCGGUGGACAUGUGGGCAUACGGUGUUAUUGCGUAUACGCUGCUCACGGGGAAACGGCCCUUUACUCAUAACUUCCAACCAGCCCUCGUCAUGCUCAUCACCAAGGGUGAGUGGGACGAAGAGGCACUACGGGAGGCCGGAGUUGAUGAGGAUGCCAUCGACCUCGUGCGCGGGUGUCUUGAGAUGGAUCCCCAGCUGCGGUGCACCGUCUCCGACGUGUUAGACUGUCCAUGGUUUGAUGGCUGCAGUGAACUUUACGAGGAAGUUCGACGCGAGUGGGUCGACUCGAAUUGA